AUACCUCAUCUUCGAGAGCCUAGAAGCUUGUAUGCCUUAAACAAAGAAUUAGGACCACAGCAAGCAGCAAGAUGGCCAUCAGACUUGCAAGUGAUAAAUGAAAAGGUGAAACAUAUACAGACAUUGCCUCCAGAGCGGGAGCCUUUCUAUAAACCAACUGGUUUUGAAAAGAGUCCAAUGGUGCGAGGAGAAGCUAAUGGAGGCAGAAUUGUCUUUUGUUAUGAGACUACCUCAAGUUUUUUCACCAAGUCUCGUAUUGGAGGAUCAAGAAGUGGCUGUGAGCAGUGUUCGGUCAAGCUGAAAUCUGACACUGAUACAACACUGAUAUUUGAGAGCAGAUUUGAAAGUGGCAACUUGGGAAAAGCUGUUCAAGUGGGAGAGAAUGAAUAUGAACUGUGGUUGAGAUAUGACCUCUACACAAAUAAGCACACUCAAUGGUUCUACUUCAGUGUGUCCAACACAAGAUCAGACAGGGAGUAUCGGUUUACUAUUGUCAAUUUUAUGAAACCGGAGAGUCUUUAUAAUGAUGGUAUGAGGCCUGUCUUGUACAGUGAGAAAGAUGCUGCCCUACACAAGGUUGGCUGGGUACGAGGAGGGCAUGACAUCAAAUACUACAAAAAUAACUUGAGAUAUGAAGCAGGCAAAGUCGACCGGAGUUACUACUCUUUGACUUGGACGUCUAGAUUCACCUACGACAAUGACAUUGUUUACUUCUCACAUUGUUACCCUUACACAUACACAGAUUUACAGGAUUAUCUACUGGAGUUAACAAAUGAUCCCAUCAAAUCACGCGUCUGCAAGCAGAGAGUUUUAUGUCAAACUUUAGCAGGCAACCUAGUUUAUGUCCUGACAAUCACAUCACCUUCACAAAAUCCUGAAGAUAUAAAGCACAAGAAAGCUGUUGUGGUGACGUCCAGGGUGCAUCCUGGUGAGAGCAAUGCUAGUUGGAUGAUGAAAGGGUUUUUGGACUUCUUGACUGGGAAUUCAUCAGAUGCAAAGCUUCUUCGGGACACAUUUAUAUUCAAAGUUGUGCCCAUGCUAAACCCAGACGGUGUCAUCGUGGGAAACUAUCGCUGCUCCUUAGCAGGAAGAGACCUCAACAGGAACUACAAAACUGUUCUAAAAGAUGCUUAUCCUUCCGUAUGGCACACAAAAACUAUGAUACGCAAAUUACUUCAGGAGAGGGAUAUAAUUGUAUACUGUGACCUGCACGGCCACAGCAGACGGAACAAUGUUUUCAUCUAUGGUUGUGAACAGCAUCAUGGUUCUGCCAAGAGAUUUCAUGAAAGGGUUUUCCCUUUCAUGCUCAGUAAAAAUACCCCAGAAAAGUUCUGCUUCAACUCGUGCAAGUUCAAAGUUCACAAGAGUAAAGAAAGCACUGGCAGAGUGGUCAUGUGGAACCUGGGUGUCAUGAACAGUUACACAUUGGAGGCAACAUUCUGUGGCUCCAGUCUGGGUAAAAUGAAGGGGUAUCACUUUAACCAGGGUGACUUUGAGAUGAUUGGAUACCACUUCUGUGACACUCUGCUUGACUACUGUGAUCCAGACAUUACAAAGUUCUUGAACAUUCUCCACUGCUUGGAGGAGAAGCAUCACCUGGAUGUGAUUGCAAAGCUGGCACGGAAAGGUCUUCAGCAAGACAGCGGGGUUAUCAGCGAUGUAUCAACGGAUACAGAAUCCAGUGAUGGUGGCUCCGACAGUUCAGCUUCAGACGGACCUCCUGUACAUUUACAGUUUUCUGCAGUAAGGCCGAAGAGAAAGAAGCUUAAAAGUAAAAAGGACAGAAACAAAGUGCCAAAAGAGAAAGACGAUCAAAAGAAGGAAGUCUCUGAACAGCAGGAUGAUAAAAGGGUGAAAAAUAAUCAGAGGAAAGAAGGAAAACAGGAGUUUAUCAAGCCUCAAAGUCAGCCAAUAAAAUUUACAUCUAACACACCUAAACGUCCAAGGUCUUUGGAUGACAGGUCAAAUUCUGGAAUCCCUGUUUUUGUCCAGGAGCGAUAUGAGCAGAAACAACAGAGGAAAAACUACCUGGAAGCUCUCACUGCUGCAUAUGUCAGUAACAAUAUUCCCUUUGUUAUAGACCCAG